GUCUGGACUAGUGGUGGAAGGGAGGAGGGGAGGAGGGAAACCUUGUUUCAUAGCUGGCAGGCAUUAACUCAUCUAUGUAUGUAAAGCUAGACUUUUCCAGCACCACCAACUGUCAGCCUCUCAACGUGAGAGUCGUACGUUGGUUAUUGCAUAUCGCAAUUGCGUUCUUGGUCACUGACUCGUUGUUGUUGUAUUUAUCGAACCUUCUUUUACACUGUUCAAGUCUCUACCAAGGAGAGUGCGCAGCUCGGUUGAGAUGGUAACAGGCUUACAGCCAGCGGGAUAGAUCGCAGACACUGACA